AUGCUUCGUCGGAGCCACAAGAAGUCACGGGGCGGUUGUUUGGAGUGCAAGCGACGGCACAUCAAAUGCGACGAACACCGUCCUAGCUGCCGACUAUGCACCGUCUCCGACCGCGAAUGCAGCUUCACUGCGCAGGCGUCACAGGCGACCCUCUCAACACCAGGGGCAUCGUCUCGCUCAGUAAGCCCGGGAGACAUCAACAGGCCAAAUACGACUCCUAUAUUUAGCGAUUCCCCCUUGACGCCCUCCUCCUUUUGCAAUGCCGAGUUCUCGCAACCUCCGGCAAUCAACGACCCAGGUGUUGAUGAACCCAUCAACUUCAACCACAUGGAACUUCUCGCCCAUGUAACUAUUGAUAAGGAUAUUUUUAAUCUUGGUGUGGAUGUUGGAGAUUACUACGCUGGUCUCGCGCUUGGCCUGAGGACAAGUCUCAAGUGCCCAUAUCUUAUGCACCAGAUACUCGCCUACUCCGCCCGGCACCUGGCCUAUCUACACCCUGGGCGUUCUGAAUUCUAUCUUCGACAAGCCACCACCCUAAAAACGCGCGCAGUCUCGCUCUUCACUGCCGUUCCAAUGGAUGUCGACCAAUCCAACUGCAUUCCCAUAAUACUCUUCUCUGCUAUUCUCGGGCAUCACUUUCUCGCGGAUACCCUUGCUAAAAGAGAUUCGAGCCGACUGGAUGCAUUCAUCGCUCACUUCGUCCAGUGCGCACAGACAUAUAGGGGGGUCUAUACCAUCACCUUGUCUGCGUGGCCAUUGCUAAUGGAAUCGGAACUUGCGCCUAUCUUGUCUUUAAGUGCCAAAUUUACUUCACGAGAACCAAAAGGGAUUGAUUGCCAACGUGCCAGUGAGCUGGUGGAUAACGCACCGCACCUAAGCGAGGAAGACAAAGCUGAUUGCGGACUAGCAAUCCAGUAUCUGCAGGUUGGCUUCGAUGCAGCGUUAGAGGAAGACCCGAAGGAAAUGCCGGUAAAUCCCUACCAGAUGAUUUCUGAAUGGGCAAUGUUGGUUCCCCCCGGAUUCACGCGGCUCUUAGGUAGCAAACGACCGGAAGCCUUGGUAAUACUAGCGCAUUACGCCCUCUUACUACACUACGGUAGACACCUUUGGCAAGUUGGAGACGCAGGAGCGUACAUAUUGCGCAUUCUUGGCAACUAUCUUGGGCCAGAGUGGAAUCCUUGGCUGGAUUACCCGCGGCAAAGAGUAGCCCAAAACCUCUGA